CAUAUGUGUUACGUGGUCCUUGGUCUCGGGUAGUGCGCAUGCGCUCUGCAGGCCACACCUCCCAUAGCUGGUACGCGUGCGCGGUGCGCUUGGUUGUCCUCGUGGUCAGUAAGCCGCUGCUCGCCAUGUUGGUGCUAUUUGAGACCGCUGCUGGAUAUGCUAUCUUUAAGGUCCUGGAUGAGAAUAAACUCCGUGAAGUGGACAACUUAUGGCGGGAGUUUGAAACAGCUGAAAAAGCAAAUAAACUUGUGAAGUUAAAACAUUUUGAAAAAUUUCAAGAUACCACAGAAGCUCUCGCAGCUGCGACUGCCUUGGUGGAAGGUAAGCUUGGUAAAAGCCUGAAGAAAGUACUGAAGAAAAUAGCUGCCAAGGAAGCACAUGAGCAGUUGGCUGUUGCAGAUGCCAAACUUGGAGGUGUCAUAAAG